UCUUUCUAUUAUUUCAUGUGUUUCAUGAUAUAAAAUUUAUAUAACUGCAUUCAAGACUCAAAUUUGUCGAAGACACAUUUUCCGACAUGACUUGCAACAGGAACAAAUGGCAAAGGCUAUGCUUCAUGGCAGUUUUCUUGUGCAUUCAGGUGGAGCAGAACUGGUGCCAAAUAUAUAUCACCACGAUACCACAGAGACCAACUGUAGGAGGAAACGUUACAUUUCUUGUCAGAACUAUAGGGGAGAUCUAUAACAUUAACUGGUACAGAGGUUCUAAAACCUAUGACGAUGAUAACAUUCUAACACAUAGUCCUGGAUCUCAGGACAAACCAACAACUGGCCCACGGUAUACAUGGAGAGAGGAUUUACAAAACGAUGGGACACUAGUUAUAUCAAAUCUGGCAAUGAAUUACAGUGGAUUAUAUACAGUGCAGUUAACUUUACCUAAUUCUUUACCUGAUAAAACAGUGGAACUUACUGUCUACCCUGCAGAUGAAAUAACUCUGGCACCUAGUGCAACAUUUACACUGGAAAAAGACCAAACUUCUAGUCAUCAUACCACAGAUUCCACGUAUCAUGUGGCUAAUGCCACAUUACCAGUAGCCUCUACAAAUACUAUAACUCUGGGCAUUGUGAUCGGCGCCAUUGGUGGAGGAGUAAUUGGAUGUAUUAUUGCAGGGCUGUUGGUUUGGAUGACAAAAUGCAGAAAACGCUCACAAGAACCCAUUUACGAAAACACGGAAACUUUUGGAAAGCUGCCAUACUCUGUAUCAUAUGUACCUGAUCUCCCAGUCUACAACAAUUCUUCUGUUUAUACGGAUCUUAUUAAACGUGACCACAGUAUAUACCAAGACCUUCAGAUUUCCAAUCAAUGAAACUACAGUGCUGUAUACUUCACAGUCCACAUAUGCAUGUGAAUACUUGCCUUCUACAAGACCUGCACAUUUCUAUGACAAGGAAUCAAAAAGUCUACUGCUUAGACCUGUUGUCACAGAAGCUUUAUCCACAUGUCUGAAAUGUUCUAUUUGCAUUUUUUUAUUUUAUUAUCAUUUAUUAAAGAGAUCGCUUAAAAUUACAGCGAGCAGAACAAACUGAUUGCAAAAACACAAACGUGGCAUAUAAAUUAAGUUCUGGAGAUAACAGAAUAUAUGCACGUUGGUGAUCGCAAUUUUAUGAAAAAGUAUUAUGAAUGAAGAAGAGAAGUCUUCUCCCGUAGCCAGUAUAGGAUACCGGGGAGCGUGUAGAAAAGAAGAGGAAAGAAAGGAGAGAGAAAGAAGAAGGGAAAGAAGAUAGAAAAGAACCACUGGGGUGGGAUCUCAAAUCACGUAUGUACAGUAGAGGAAUAAAGGUGUAGUGGGCAAUUGUAGAGCAAACAGAGAAGGGACAUUUUGAGAGGCCAGCCAAGGUCCACAUACCUUAUCAAAUGAUUUGGAGGCAUUGUUUAUAAUAGCAGUCAUGUAUUCCAUCUUGUAUACAUACUGUACCAGAUGCUGGAUAGAAUAGAUUGCAAGAGUGAGGGAGAUGACUGCUUCCAAUCCACCGCUAUAGCGGAAACAGUAUGAUGUACUAGUUUAUUUUGGUGGCGAAAUAGUGCGCGGAUCCCUAAGGGGAGGAGGAAGUAAUAAGGAUCAUAGUGUUCCCUCUAGAAAAUGUAGAGGGCAGGGGGCCGGACAGCGGGGGCACAUGUGUGAAAAGGGUGUGUGGCCAUGCAAACCAGGGGGCGUGGUCAUUAAACAUCAUUUAAGUGGGCGGUGCAUCCCACAGACGUUAUUAUAGGGGACGUGGGCGGCCGGCGGCGUGACUGAUGGGGGCGUGCGGGCUUAACCCAAGCUCUCUCCCAAAGCGUAAAUGGAUGCCGUGCGCAUGCGGACUGCAUCUUUAUACGCUGGGAGGGCAGGAAGCGGGCAGCUGUUUUAGCAGGGCACCGCAGAAAGGGCAGGAUUUUGCCCUUAUAAAAUCGGGCAGGGCGCGGCGCCCUGCUAAAACAGCCUAACGUGAACACUGGGAUCAUUAGGGAUGGGGAUAGAGAGUGUGUGAUAAGAGGUGACCACUCGCCAGAGAUUUGUUAUCUUCGGGCAUGACAACCAUACUCCAUUUGCAUUUCUUUACUAAUAUUCUUACAUCUACUUUUGUCCCGCUAUUAACAGCGCUGGGAACACUUUAUAGUUUUUGUCUAUAAAAAAGACAUUAAACUAAAUAAUAUGUAUAAUGUUUACACACCCUCCAACUGUACCUUUUUGGCAGGUACAGUACUUUUUUAUGGUCUGUACUGAUUUUUGGCUCUCCAAACUUCCAUUGAAAGUAUAGGAAAAGGGGCGUGCCCACGCCACUUUACCCAUGGUCACGCCCCCUUUUCGAAUUUAUACAGAUUUUUAUGAGUAAAUUGUUGGAGGGUAUGUGUUUAGAAAGUCCAAACCCAUGGAACACAGUAGAAUAACUGAAAGGAGUGCCCGGUACAUACAAAAUUAUAAUAAUCCAGUAAAAAAGAUCCAGCACCUCCAUUUUAUGCAAAAAUAAUUCUUUAUCCAGAAUAGAUCUCCAUCAGAAAAACAAGAUUUUUAGUAAGUGACAUACAGGAAGAUUAUCAGAGGCAUAAAAAAACGUAAUUGCAAAAAGCCAUUUAAAAAUUACAACAACAUAGAUGCCAGAAAUGAGUGGCCAAUUCAUACCAAUACAACAUGCCUCCAGCGUGUAGUUGAACAGUCAACAGCCGUUUCGGUGCCCAAACGGCACCUUCGUCAUUUAUAUAUAAUGCAAAUGUCUUUGUGUUUAUUGUUUCAUACUGUACUUGUUUUUUGAGUUGCAUAGAUAUUUUUGAUGCACAGAUAUUUGCAUAAACAUUUUCA